AUGAAUGGUGAGCAAUGGACACAGGGAACUGGAGCCAGGUAACAGAGUUCAUCAUCUUGGGCUUCCCCCAUCUCCAGGGUGUCCAGAUUUAUCUCUUUCUCUUGUUGCUUCUCAUUUACCUCACGACUGUCGUGGGAAACCUGCUGAUAUUCCUGGUGGUCUUCCUGGACUCCCGGCUUCACACACCCAUGUACCACUUUGUCAGCAACCUCUCCUUCUCAGAGCUUGGCUAUACAGCUGCCACCAUCCCUAAGAUGCUGGCAAAUUUGCUCAGUGAGAAGAAGACCAUUUCAUUCUCUGGAUGUCUCCUGCAGGUCUAUUUCUUUCACUCCCUUGGAGCAAUUGAGUGCUAUCUCCUGACCGCUAUGGCCUACGAUAGGUACUUAGCCAUCUGCCGGCCCCUCCACUACCCCACCCUCAUGACCCUAACACUCUGUGCAGAGAUUGCCAUUGGCUGUUGGUUGGGAGGCUUGGCUGGGCCAGUAGUUGAAAUUGCCUUGAUUUCAUGCCUCCCAUUCUGUGGCCCCAAUCGCAUUCAGCACAUCUUUUGUGACAUCCCCCCCAUGCUGAGCUUGGCUUGCACCGAUACGUCUAUAAAUGUCCUAGUAGAUUUUGUUAUAAAUUCCUGCAAGAUCCUAGCCACCUUCCUGCUGAUCCUCUGCUCCUACGUGCAGAUCAUCUGCACAGUGCUCAGAAUUCCCUCAGCUGCCGGCAAGAGGAAGGCCUUCUCCAUGUGUGCCUCCCACCUCACUGUGGUUCUCAUCUUCUAUGGGAGCAUUCUCUUCAUGUAUGUGCGGCUGAAGAAGAGCUACUUACUGGACUAUGACCGCGCCCUGGCAGUGGUCUACUCAGUGCUCACACCCUUCCUCAACCCCUUCAUCUACAGCUUGCGCAACAAGGAGAUCAAGGAGGCUGUGAGGAGGCAGCUAAAGAGAAUUGGGACACUGGCAUGAGUGGGGGCUGGGAGUAGGCCAAUGCUGGGGGCUGAGGAUAUAGUGACCCCAGGGAUCAACAGUGGCCAUAGAUGAAACCAAAAAUUCAGUACUUUUCUGCGGGGGAUGGUGGAGUUGUAGCAAGUGCUGACUGACUUUCAGUCUUACACUGACCUUCAUACUGUCUGCUGGAGCCACAUUUGGCUUGGGACCAGAGACUAGGAAAGGCACACGUUCCUUCAACAUGAUGUGGUACAGUGAUUUUCAAAACUUGUAUGUUUAUGUAUCAUACUUAGGAUUUUUAAAAAGUCUGUGUCUUACCUAUUAUAUAUAGAGAGAAACAUUUUUCAAAUUUACUUGACUUAAUAUAGUCAGUCAUGUCCUCAACAAUAUGUGUCAAAGAAAAUUUAGAAUAUAAAAUUCAUAAUGUUUUAUGUACCAUUUGCAAUCACUCCAUGUGGAGAAGACUGGUAUAGUAGAAAAAAGCAUGUUUUUUGAACCCACAUAUAUUUGGGUUUCAAUCAUAUUUUAUUCAGUCACUUGCUAAUUAAUCUUUAGAAAGUAACUUAGCAUCUCCGAGUCUUAAUUUCAUCAUUUGAUAACAAUAUUGAAGAGCAUUUUGAAUAUUAGUGUUUUGAAUAUUUGUAAACCACAGUACACAGUGUCUGACAUGUAGGUAAUAGUAAAAUAUAAGUUAUACUUAUUUUAUUUAUUUUAUUCUGUCAAGACCUCUCAUCAUUACUCUGAGCCUUAGAACAGUAUCUAGUAAAACAUAAAUAAACAGAAAUACUUUCCAGGUAUUUUCCCCAUAGGAAAGGAAUAAACUAGCCAGAAGGAAUACUUGUGAAAAUCCCUGCUGUCUUGUAUAAAUGUAGCACAAUUUAAUCAUUAGCCAUCAGCGUUUUGUAUUCCGGAACACUGGCAGCUUCAACUUCACUAGAUGCUGCCAAGUUGUUUCCCAAAAUCUGUCUACCAUCAACAAUGCAUGCAUUUUUUUUUAAAUUGUUGUACAUCUUUUUAAAUGUUCUGUGUGGUCACAUUUUUUUCUACUUGGCUGUUGUGUAAACAAUAUGCUACUGCUUCAUUUGCAGUUGAAUAUUGUGU